AUGGAGAAGCUCGCCCUCGCCCUCAUCAACGCAGGUCGGAAGCUCCGACCUUAUUUUCAAUCACAUCAAGUGGUGGUCCUCACCAAUUACCCCCUGAAGCAGAUAUUAAGGAGUCCCAAGACAUCCGGGCGGUUAGCCAAAUGGGCAAUAGAACUCAGUGAAUACGGGGUAGAAUUCAAACCCCGCCCCGCCAUCAAGGCGCAAGUAUUGGCCGGCUUCUUAGUCGAAAUGACCGCAGUAGUAGAGAGCACCUCCAUCCCCACUUGGUUCGUCAGCGUUGAUGGAUCUUCUACAGCCAUAGGAGGUGGCACGGGUAUCGUACUAACGAACCCCAACGCAGAUGAAUUCGAAUAUGCUCAACGAUUCGAAUUCAUAGCCUCAAACAAUGUCGCUGAAUAUGAAGCCUUGAUAGCUGGGAUCCGCCUCGUCCUAGUAGCUGGAGCGCGUAAGCUCCUAAUACAAAGCAACUCUCAGCUCGUCGUUAACCAGGUACUCGGAACUUACGAGGCCAAAGAAGACUACAUGGCCAAAUACUUAGCUCUCACACACAAUCUUGUUAGAGUAGUGCCUCGCUCCAGUAACAUCCAUGCGGACAAGUUAGCUAGGCUUGGAAGCUCCAUGGCAAGCAUUGGAAGUCGGAAGGCUACUCUCCUCACCUCGCCUCAACCGGAGAUAGCUUCAACUAAUGAAGUGCAUUACAAUGAGGAGGACGAACCGUGUCGGUUCACUCCAAUCAUAAAGUAUCUUAAGAAGGGAGAACUUCCAACUGACAUCACCGAAGCAUGGAAGUUAAAAACGAGAGCCGCUUGCUUCUUAAUAGUGGGAAAAGAAAUUUACAAACGAGGAUUCUCAUUCCCCUAUCUCAAGUUCCUCGACCCAAAUACAGCAAAUUACGUACUUCGAGAAGUACAUGAAGGCAUUUGCGGAAAUUAUUUGAGCGAUAGAACCUUGGCUCUCAAACUAUUGAGACAAGGCUACUACUGGCCAACGAUGCACGAAGAUGCAAAGAAAUUAGUCCAGAGGUGUAAGCCUUGCCAAGAGCAUGCCAACAUCCCACAUCUGCCAGUGGCAUUAAUGCAACCGAUUGACAGCCCCAUCCCUUUCGCCCAAUGGGGGAUGGACUUAGUCGGACAAUCCAUGUCCUCCUCAUACAAAGUUGCUUACAAACAAUUACCUCUGCAGGCUUCGCGACCUUCCACGUCACUCGUCUUGAAAAAACUGUCUCUACAUGCUCGGGAAGUUUCUACUCCAUAA